UCCCCACGGGUGGCUGACUGGGCAGGCGGCCCAACACCACCUCGAAAGGCUGAAACGGUGAAGGGGGCCCCGCCACGUGAUGGCAUAGGAUCCUCUGCGCCCCCGCCGCAGAUAGGAGCGGCAGCGGCUCAUCAUUCCCUCGUCAGUACGCCUCGGCGGCAGGGUGAUUUCCCAGGAUCAUUGCCGGGAGAAGGCAACAACAGAAGCGCGUGGUCACCGGGUGAGCUGCCAGGACCAGGAGUAGCUUUGCCAGCCCAACGAUCUCAAGACGAGGAGCUCGCAUCCUAGAUGCUGGGCCCUGUCUACGUGGAACCUACGCCAACUUGGAAUGCCAAUCUUCUCUACAAGUUCUCUUGUGAUGCCACCAUCGAUGCUACUCGCAUGUACACGUACUUGUACAAAAUACAAGUAUCAUACUAGAAAAUACUUGUGGAUUAAUACGGAGUAGUAUGCAUCAACAAACCAUGGCAAUGUGCGUCACUGUUCCUACUUUUAUGAGUCCCUGUCCUUGCCCAUCAGCCCCCAUCACGCCCGUUUUCAGGACGGGCAGGCUCUAUACGUGGCAGGCGACCAAUGAAUGUUCCAACUGCAAUCCCCUCCCGCCAUCAAUUCCAAUCAGACGGCUGGCAAAACACAUGCCGCAUUUCCGACGCGAUCGGGCGACGGGCGCCUUUAUCAUCGCGUCCGCUCUGACCCGUAGCGACGCCGUCCACCCUCUUCCUGGCGAGCAGCAAGUCCAGCAAACAAAACCCGGGCGAAAAUCCUCCGCCGCCCGCUCGCGCCCGCCUCGCCGCCAAUCCCAAUCCGGCAAUCCCUUCCAAACCGACGCGGCCCCCCUUGCCUGCCCUGCCUUGCUCCCCCCGCGCGACCAGGCUCGCCCCUCGCGCUCGCACACGCGGGCGGGCGCAUGCGAGGCCACACCGCGCCCGGCCCCAGGUAAGCGCCUCCCCACCCCCGCGCCCGGCAAUGUCGGCGCACCUCUCGCCGCCCCACCGCCCAUCCCUCGCCGCCGGGGACGCCAAGAAGCAGACGCACCUCGGGGCCGACCCCAGCAGGAGGACCUCCUCCUCCUGCUUCGGCGGCGGCGGCGGCGGCGGCGGCGACCACAGCAGCCCCAAGAAGCCCGGGCCCUCCGCGGCCAAGCUCGCGCUCGCGUCCUUCCUCGGCGUCAUCGUCCUCCUCGCCGCGGACGCCUCCCUCGCCGGCGCCGGAGCGCACCGGCGCCUGCGGCGCCAGUACCUGCGCUACGUCGGCAGCGCGGGUGGGGGCGGGAGCGCCGGCUCUUCCUCGUCCGCGUGGCUCUCCGUGCCGGACCGCACCAACUUCACCGACGACCUCCUCGCGCGGUGGCUCGCGCCGGGGGGCUCCCCGUGCCGGGACGCGCGCACCGCCAACAUCUCCGUCCCGGUCCUCGACGGCGCCGCGGCGAGGGGGGAGGUGGCGGAGCUCGGCGCGGGCGAGAUCCACGAGUUCACGUUCUGGGCGCUGGACGACGCCGGCAGGCGGCGCUGCCUCGGCGGGGACUACUUCGAGGUGGACCUCUCCGGGGCCGCGUGGAAGUCGCGGCCCCCCGUCAUGGACCGCGGCGACGGCUCCUACUCCGUCCGCCUCCAGGUCGCGCCCCGCUUCGCCGCGGGGGAGUUCCGCCUCACCGUCGUCCUCCUCUUCCGCAGCUUCGAGGGGCUCAAGUUCUCCUCCGCCAGGUUCAAGUACCGCGCUGAGCUGCGCCGCAUCCCACUCCUGUUCCGGCCGGACAGCAACGUGUCGCUCCCGGCACUGGAGGUGUGCCGCGCCGCGGACUUCGCGCGCGACGCCUGGUCCGGCCGGUGGACGCGGCUCGCCAAGAACGACGACUGCGAGGACGUCGACGCCGCGGGCCGGUACCGUUGCCUGGAGCCGGACCACCCGUGCGAGGCCCCGUGGUGCGACGGCCCUCUUGGCGCGCUGGAGAGCAACGGGUGGGUGUACUCGGCGCACUGCUCCUUCAGGCUCUUCGCGGUCGACGCGGCGUGGCGGUGCCUCGAUGGCAAGUGGCUCUUCUUCUGGGGCGACUCCAACCACGUCGACACCAUCCGGAACCUCCUCACCUUCGUCCUCGGCGUCACGGACACGUCCGUCGUGACGCGCCGCUUCGACGCCGUGUUCACGAACCCCAGCGGCGGGCCGGGGACUCUGAGGAUCACGAGCAUCUUCAACGGCCACUGGAACAUGAGCAUGAACUACCUCGGCCUGCAUUCCCUCCGGAACAGGGGGUUCCGGCAGCUAAUCCGGUCCUACUUCAUGUCCGGUGACCGCGUCCCAGAUGUCGUGAUCCUCAACUCCGGCCUGCACGACGGGUGCUACUGGACCAGCGUCCGCGCCUAUGCCCAGGGCGCCGAGUUCGCAGCACAGUUCUGGUCGGAUGUCAUGGCUAAAGUGCGUGCUCGUGGCCACGCCGUGCCGAGGGUGUUCUACCGUACUACGAUCGCGACUGGGGGGUAUGCUAGGGACCUGGCAUUCAAUCCAAGCAAGAUGGAGGCGUUCAAUGGCGUGCUCGUUGAGAAGAUGAGGCGGCAUGGGGUGCUCACUGGUGGGGUGAUCGACAAUUUCGACAUGACAUUCCCAUGGCACUAUGACAACCGCUGCAAUGACGGUGUGCACUACGGGCGCGCACCGGCGAGGCUGGUGUGGCGGGAUGGCAAGAUUGGGCACCAGUAUUUCGUGGACCUGAUGCUGGGCCAUGUGCUCCUCAAUGCCAUCUGCAAUGGAUGAGAAUUGCGGGUUCCAUGCUCUGUAAGUUUCUGGUGCUCAAUUGUAUAAACUAAAGUUAGGCUGGUUAGGGAGCUGAAUUUGCCAAGACGAGGUAUAGAUACACGGUUGCAGAGUUCAUGUGUACAUCAGAUGUGGGAAGAGAGAGGCGAGUGGGGGUUUUAGCUGAAGCAAUUUGUAUGGUCAGACAUCUGAUCUUUCAGCUAUGCUACUGACCUGAUCUUGCUCUAGUGGGCAAGGAAGAUUGAGAAAUCGAUCGGAGCUACCUAUGAGGAAGAUCAGGUACAUGUAAAUAUAUAGCACGACUAUUCGAGGAGGCUUUAUGCUGUACAAAUCAGUAGGUUCAAUGAUUCUGUUCAGUGCUAGUUUACUUUCUUAGUAAUGCUCUGUUCUGUUCGGUUCA